AUGUUAGCUCUACUAUUCUUUUCAUUUCUCUUUAUCUACGGCUUCUUUCAAUACUUGACUGUAAGAAAAUUGCCAAACGGCCCAUUACCUUUUCUCUUCUUUGGCAAUCUUCCCCAACUUUAUUGGUAUUGCUAUAAGAAAGGAGAUUUUGCGAAAGCGUUGAGGGAAAUUCAGAAGCGACACGGAGAUGUUCAUACAUUAUGGCUUGGUUCAAUGCCCUUUGUUAACAUUUGCACUCUCGAGAAAGCCAAGGAGCUCAUGGUCAACCAGGGUCACACCCAACUCGGUCGCUACGUCGCUCCGUUCAUACGGAUAAAUCAAAUCGAUGCAACGGGAAAAGCCUGGGGAAUCGUUGCGAGUACCGGGGAGACAUGGACUGAGCAUCGCCGUUUCGCACUUCAGACAUUGAGAAACUUCGGAAUGGGAAGAAAUAUCAUGGAGGGGAGGAUUAUUGAAGAAAUGGAUUACCAACUGGGAGAUCUCGAGGAGACGAUGGUCAAAGGAAAAAUGGAGGUGACCGCCUCGCAUCUCACUGAUUUGAUCGUCGGAUCGAUCAUCAAUCGAAUUCUUUUUGGAUACCGAUUUGACAAGCCAAGAAGAGAGUACUUCUUCGGGAUCAAGCAGAAAAUGGAUAACAUGAUCGAUAAAAUGACUCCUAUGGAUGUUUUAAUGCAACCGUGGUGGAAACACGUGCCGAUUUUGAAAUGGAGAUACGAACAAAUUGUGAGCUGUAUUGAUCCAGUGUUGCAGUUUGUGAAGCAAAAUGUGCAAAGGAGAGUUGACGAAGUUGCCUCUGGACAAUACAAGUUGAACGAUGAACCCGAAGAUUAUAUGGAUGCUUACAUGAUGGAGCAGAAGAAACGAGGCGACAAUGUGGGCGAAUUGACAACUCACGGCCUAGUCAUCGAUUUGCACGAUUUAUGGUUGGCCGGCCAAGAAACGACAACGAUCACCCUGCAAUGGGCACUCCAUUUAUUACUGGAACAUCCAGCUGUCAUGAAACGGUGUCAACAAGAGGUUCUCGCAGCAACGGGUGGCUCGAGAAAUCUUUCGUUCGCCGAUCGACCAAAAACCCCUUACUUUACGGCAACUUGCACUGAAGUGCAAAGACUGGCUUCAAUUUUGAAUUUUAAUUUAUGGAGGCUCACCAAUGCACCUUGUUCGAUUGAUGGGGUCGACAUACCAGUUGGCACAAUGACCACAGCUCAGCUCUCACUGAUUCUCAGUGAUCCUGAAGUAUUUCACGGCACAGAUGCAUUUGAACCAAGUCGCUUCUUGGGUGAUGACGGGAAAACACUGGCUGAGAAAGUGAUUCCAUUCGGAAUUGGAAAGAGGAGUUGUCCGGGCGAGAGUUUAGCAAGAAAUGAGAUCUACUUGAUCUUGGGUAAUCUUUUGUGUCGAUACAACAUCCAUCCAUCUGAAACGAAUCCCCCUCGAGGCGCGGCCGCUGUUUUCUCCGUGGCACACGCUCCAGCGAAAUUUGAUGUGGUUUUGGAAAAAAUUGAGAGCUGCUUU